AUGAAGACCAUGCUGCUCCCCAUCCUGGCUCUUUGGGUGGGCUGCUGCCCCAGAGGGGCCCUGGCCAAGCAGGGGCCGAGCCUGAGAGAGCCCAUGGCUGCGCCAACACCCGGGAGCUUGCAUACCCUGCGGCCACCACCGCCCAGCCAGCCUAGGACCCCCGAUGGUCAGGUGCGACGAAUUCCCAGGAACGGCGACCCGGACAGGCCUGAGGACGGAGCCCACGGAGACCCCGCCCAGCCCCCAGCCCCUGGCUGGAAGGCCCCUGCCAGACCAGGGCUGGCCCAGAGGAAGGAGCUGCCCCCAGCAGCCUGGGAGCAGGAACAGGGUCAUAACAAGGAGCCCAGCACCGAGUGGGCCCAGCCCCAGGCCACAGCGGCAGCAGGGGCUGAGGCAGCAAAGCCCCAGGCCGCCAAACUCAGGCCCUUGCAGGCCAGCAGGGCCCCCCGAGCCCAAGAUGGGGCAGUGGCUGGUGAGAAGGGCCAGGGCAGGAAGGCGAGAGUCCGCGAAGCCAGGAGCAGAGGCCUGAAGCUCGGGAGGCCCCCCAAAGGGUCCUCCCACCAACCUGGCCGAGGGGGCUGGCGUCAAAAGAAAGACCGCAGCCAAGGCCAUGGUGGCAGCAGCAUCCUGAGGACCACAGGCCAUGGGCAGAAAAGGCCCGGAAGCAGUCAAGGCCCCGGGCACAGGCUUGCAGACCUGGGCACUGCUGAGCAAGCUGUGCCCUCCCUGCCGGCCUCCUGCCUCCUGGCCCGGGCGGCCAUUGCCUGUGGCAACGUCAAGAUGAAGCACGUCCCUGCCCUGACUGACCCUGGCCUGAUCACACUCUACCUGGCAGAGAACGAAAUUGCCAAGAUCCCAGCCCACACAUUCCUGGGGCUGCCCAACCUGGAAUGGCUUGACCUGAGCAAGAACAAGCUGGAUGCCCAAGGCCUGCACCCUCAUGCCUUCAAGAAUCUGACUCGGCUGAAACGGCUGAACCUGGAUGGGAACUCACUGUCCACAGUGCCAGCCUUGCCCACCUCCCUGCAAGAGCUCAAACUCAACGACAACCUCCUGCAGGGCCUGCAGCACAGCAGCUUCCAGGGGCUCAGCCAGCUGCUGACACUGGAGGUGGAAGGGAACCAGCUGCAUGACGGGAAUAUCUCCCCCCUGGCCUUCCAGCCCCUACGCAGCCUGGUCUACCUGAGGCUGGACCGGAACCAGCUGCGGACCAUUCCGCCUGGCCUGCCAGCCUCCCUGCAGGAGCUGCACCUGAGCACCAACGCCAUUGAGGAAGUUUCGGAGGGUGCCCUGAACCGCAGCCGCAACCUCAGAGUGCUGGUGCUCAGCAACAACCGGCUCCAGGAGGACCGGCUUGCACCCCGUGCUUGGAUCGAUCUCCCGAAGCUGGAGACCCUUGACCUGUCCCACAACCGGCUGGUGCACGUGCCUUCCUUCCUGCCGCGGGGCCUCCGGCACCUGACGUUGCACCACAACCGCAUCGAGCGCAUCCCUGGCUACGUGUUCGCUCACAUGAAGCCAGGCCUGGAGUUCCUGCACCUGUCCCACAACAGCCUGGGCGCCGAUGGCAUCCACAGCGUGUCAUUCCUGGGCCUGCACGCCUCCCUGGCUGAGCUGCUGCUGGACCACAACCAGCUGCAGGCCAUCCCGCGGGGCCUUCUGGGCCUCAGGCGACUGCAGGUGCUGCGCCUGAGCCACAACAAGAUCAGAUACGUGCCCCUGAAUUCCAUCUGUGACACACGCGUGGCCCAGGACUCCAACCUCAUCUCCACGCACCUGGAGAACAACCUCAUCGACCGGCGCCGAAUCCCACCCACUGCCUUCUCCUGCAUCCGAGCCUACCACAGUGUGGUCCUCCAGCCCCAGCAGGGGGAGGGGGAGGGCUCCUAACCCCACCCUGCCAACCUUCCCCGCCCCCUGCUCCUUCGGGACUGGUGGUGGUGAGGGCUCAGGCCCAGCUCUACUUGAUCUUUGCACCACUGGGAGAAAGAUCUAGAAGACCCUGAUGCUUCAGAUGCGCCCACUUCCCAUUGACUCCUGAGGCCCCUUCACUUAGGAAAUGGCCCAGCAGGGUGCGGUGCUGGUUUGGACUUGAACAUAAUAAAUGCAUCUCGUUCAUGCCCGCGCAGCUCCACCAGCCUCCCUCCCUCCUUCCCGGAUCUAAGCCACAUGAGCACGCUGGUUCUCCAUUGGGCAUGGAGCCCCGGGCCCGUAUCUUGGACACUGCUUUGUCAGCAGAGGGUUAAGAGGGCCUCGUUCCAAAAGCUUCUCUGAGAACCUCCCCACCUGCCCUGGCCAGGGUCCUGCAGUCCCCUGCGGCUCGGCCGCAAGCCAUCUGGGGGUCAGGCUCACCUCCUUUACUAAGGACAGCAUCAGUACCUCUCAUCCAGGAAGCGUCCCUGGCCAGGCAUCAUGGAUACACAGAGGUGAGCUCGGCUGGCAGAGCAGGCUGACAUGGAGG